AUGCGCUACCUACAGCACUUGGACCGGCUUGCGCGGCACAUCGGCGAAAAAGACUAUGAAGACCACAAAGUUUUCCUGGAGCUGCUCAAGAAGAUGGCCUCAAUCGUGCAUAAAGCAGAAAACGCGAAUGCGCCCGACCUGCCGCAGAUCAUCGAAAGGGCGGCAGAGAUCUUCGACGAAGCCGUCAACUGGGCCUACGGAACCCAAGGCGACUACGAUUUUCUCCCUUCGUAUGCGCACUGCCUCGACAGUGAGCUCAUGAAGGACUCCCGCGUGAUCAACCUACCUGGUGGGAAGCAGAUGUCUAUGGACGUUCUAGCGCUAUAUGACGAGGCGAAACAUCUCAUCCAUGCCCUCGGUCCCCCAAACCCUGCGUUCGAAGCGGCAAUCGAUGCCCAGCGGCCUAAGCCGUGGCCGGAGAGCCCUCACCCUCACCCCAAAACCACCCGGCUGUCGCGGUUCCGCGACGGUAUCACGUCGUCCGCCACGGAUGCCACCCCGCUCGCGCGCACAAUCUACCAGGCGCGCUGCGAGGUCGCGGCAGACAACGUUACGACCCCCGUCUCCGCUGCGAUCUCGGCAGACUGCUCUGCGCUCGCGCUCGUCGGCGCAGGCGACGACGACCAGGAUGAGGACGGGGAGGAGAUCCGCUCCUACGGCGGGUUCCGCCGCAUGGCGCUCGAGCCCGGGCUCGCCGACGUCGCGCACGACAUCGCGAUGGACAAUACGCACCGGCUCGCGCUCAUCGCGGACUCGGACCGCAUCAAGACCUUCGCGUGGGGCGGCGACGUCGCGUUCGGCGGCUGGACGCCCGCGCGGGGCACGAACGUGCACACGAUGGACAGCGACGGGUACGACGGGCCCGUCGCCGUUCUUCCGGGCGGGCGUAUCGUGCGGGCGGGCAGGGGUGGGGCCGCCAUCUGGAAUGUCGACGGGCUCGCGACGCACGAGGGCGGGCGGCGUGUCGGCCGGAAGCUCAACCUCGAUGGCGUGUGGCGCGACCACGACAACGACGAGAUCGAGCGCUCGACGGGGAGCAAGCCCAGCACGACCGUCGCAUUCGCGCAGACGGGCCUGAGGCCCGCGGUGUGGCACCACCACGCCCCUACGGGACACAUGCUUAGUGCAGAGAGCUCAGAGAAGUCGAAGAAGUACGGGAGCUACGCGCUUGACCUGGAGGCGGGCGGCAAGAUCGCGGCGCGCUUCCUGGGGCAUGGCGGGAACGUGACCGCGUUCUCGACGAGCGCCGGGGACGCGAACGUGUUCCUGACUGGGUGCGCGGACGGGUAUGCGCGGCUGUACGACGUGCGGCACCCGCUGCCCGUCAUGACGAUCGACUCGGGGAGGUCCCAUGAGUUCUGCGUGGCGGUGGAGUUCGUCCAUCCGGACGGCAUUCCUACCGUGUUCACUGGAGGCGACCACUACCAGAACGUCAUGACGUGGGACGUCCGCGCCCGCGCGCUCGUGUACGAGCUCGCGACGGGGAACACCGCCGUGCGCACGCUCACGUGGGACGCGCGCCACACGACGCUGUAUGCGGGCACGGAGAACGAGUACAUGGACCGCCAUGGGAACACGUACGACUACCGCGGGGCGCGCAUCGCCCCGUGGGCGUAUCAGACUCCGCUGGAGCCCCGGGUGCGCAGGGAAGAUGGCGAGGACGAUGAUAUGGACGAUGAGGAGGAUGAGGGGGAGGAUAGCGACGAUGAUUGGGACGAACACGAGCAGUGUUGGCCGAAGCGGGCGGCGCAUGAUGAGAAGGCGUUUGGGUAUGCGUACGAUGCGGGCGAGCAUGUCUUCCUGCGCUACAAGUUCAAGGAAGACGCAGAUCCGACUGUGCUGCCCGAGUAUGGCCAGGCUCAGAUGGAACGGGAUGAGUAUCUCUCAGUUAGUGGUCGAGAUCUUACCUUGAAGGCCGUCUUGGUUGCGAGCACGACUGGUCAGCCAUUCGAAGACGUCAAAUACUACGCUUUCUCGCGACGGACUUCAGAUAGGUCGCGGGCAUAUGGGCCCAUGCCGCUUCUUGCGAACAAUGCGCUGCUCCAGCGGGUCCUGUCUCCCUCCAGCAAUGCGCUAGUGUCCGCUGACCCCAGCGACGGCUUUGCCGAGAGCCGUGUUACAAAUCUGGACGAUUCGUAUCCCUCAGGCCACCCUUCCUUCACUGAAGAAUACGGGUACACGUCCGACAGCGACUUCGAAGAGGAUGAUACCCAAGCCAACUUAGAAGAUACCCACGAAAGAUUGCAUCCAACCAACGGAGACGCACAGUCUACUAGGGUCCCAGCACUAGCGUCGCCUGUAGCUAAUGAGGGCAGGAAAGAAGAACCGCAAGUGAACCUCGCCAAACACCCCGAAGACCAUCCCAGCGGAGAACAGGCACGUCCUAGCUCGAGCGAGCUCGCCCGCCCAGACGGAAUACGUCAGACGAGAUUAGGGCGUGUGGUCUUCCUCGACGACAUCGCAUACAAGACAUGGCAGGCGUUUAUAAUCUACGCAUACUUCGGACAAGCGUCGCUACAGUUCGCAUCCCUAAAGUCUGAAACUCAGAAUGAGCCCCCGGCUACAGCGCCGAAGCCAGGAGGGAUCCCCUCGGCACAGUGCUCGCCCAAAUCCAUGUAUCGUUUGGCAGAGAAACUGGUGAUACUGACCGGGAUAUCGCAGUAUGGCAUCGCUUCACUCGAAAGGGUUGCUUUGAAUGCGAUCAUGAAAAAGCUGACUAUGAAGAAUAUAUUGCCGGAGGUCUUCUCAAACUUCACUUCACUAUACCCCGCGGUCAAGAAGGAGGAAGAGAAGUACCUGCAUGCAUGGAUUCACCACGAAUCCGUGAAAUCUCGCAUUGCGUUCUACGUUGGCGAGCUAGAAAAGGGUCGCCUUCCGGAUGGCUCGGCGGAGAUAGUCACCAGGCUCCUUCACGCCGCGCUGGUACCUCAAACCACGCGCGGGGCGUUCGGCGUGAGCCCACCCACGGUGAAACCCGCCCUCGAGACUGAGGAGCUCACCAUGGUCUGUCCCGGCGGUUGUGGUUCAGCCCUCGUCGCGGAGAAGUAG